AAAGAGGAGCUGGUGGCCAAUGCAAAGAAAGCAAGGGAAAGGUCCUUGAACCUGGUCAAGUCGGGAUUGGACGUGUUCGUCGCGAUGGGCUUAUUGCAACUGGCGCCGAACACGGUGGAUGCUCGCGUAACUGGAUUACUAGGGUUUGUCACGUCUGUCAUCUCGUGCUACCAGGCUAGUGAGAUUAGCAGGCUUGCUUCUGCAUCCAGCAGGAUAGAUAAGGAAAGGAGACGAAGUAGCAACAGCGGCUCUCUGAAUUCAAAGCAGGUGCUGUGAAUAACUUGGAUUGCUUUUGUCGU